GAAGUUAUACUAAAUCGUACUAUGUGUAAUCUUAUCUUUGUGACUAAAUUCACUUUACCCGUAUACUUUAUUUGAAUCCCUGUGAAGUAAGCCAUACUUUCUUGCAUAAUUUAUGGACGUACGGACGUGAUAGUGGCAUAGGUAAAUAGUGUAGGUAAAGUAUAUUCGACUUCGUGUUUGCCAGUCUUCAGUGAGGUGCACUUUGACAAUGUGGGGCCUAUUCUUCUCUCUUCUGAGCUGGAUGGGGCUCAGCCCUGUCCCAUUUGUUGCUGACUUGGUUGGAACAUCAGAACCGGCUCUCAAAUUGCUUCUAUCGAUCUUUAUGGUCUAUCCUCUGGCAAUAGUAUACCAUCAAUAUGUCAAACAACAUAAAGAGUUACGGAAUAUCUACUUCAUUGUGACAGGCUUUGAUAUAGCUCUAUACAACUUUGGGAUAUCAAUGUACCAUAACCUUAUCCCAACGCUUGUUAUAUAUUUAACCACAAUGAUUUUUGGGCCAGGAAAGAUAAAUGUUAUUAUAACAUUUGUGUUCAACGUAACUUAUCUUAUGGCUGGAUAUAUUUUGACUGAAUCUGAAGAUUAUGACAUUACAUGGACAAUGCCUCACUGUGUGUUGACUCUGAAGCUUAUAGCUUUGUCAUUUGACAUGUGGGACUACCAAAGGAUGAAAGCAGGAGAGCAACUGUCUGCUACAAAUCAAAAGACAGCAGUUGAGAAUCCACCUACAUUAGUAGAGCUGCUUGGAUUUGUGUACUUUCCCCCCUGUUUCCUAGUGGGCCCUCAGUUUUCAUUCCAACGCUACAUUGACUUUGUUUAUGGGAAGUUCCCAUUGGAGCAGCAUGCUGGCCUAUAUGAAAAGGAAUCUCUCAAGAGACUUCUGCAAGGCAUUCUUUAUUUGGUAGCAUUCCAACUAGGAGUAAGUGUAUUUAGUAUGAAGUACAUGCAAUCGGACGAGUUCUGGGAGCGGUCCAUCUUCUACCGCCACCUGUACUGCGGACUGUGGGCGCACUUUGCUCUCUAUAAGUACAUAUCCUGCUGGCUGCUCACUGAAGCGUCAUGCAUCCGGUUCGGGUUGUCGUACAACGGGUCGGCGCCGAGGGCGGGUGGGGGCGGGGGCGGGGGCGGCGCGCCGGUGCCGCGCUGGGACGGCUGCAGCAACAUCAAGCUGCUGCGGUUCGAGUUCGCCACCAAGUUCCAACACUACAUCGAGAGCUUCAACUGCAACACCAACCACUUCGCCGCCGAGUACAUCUACAAGCGACUCAAAUUUCUCGGCAACAGAAACGCCAGUCAAUUUUUCACGUUGCUUUUCUUAGCGUUCUGGCACGGAACCGGGUCCGGCUAUUAUAUGACUUUCUUCAAUGAAUUCAUUAUCAUAUUCAUGGAGAAAGGAUUAGAGUCUAUUUUGACCAAACACGAGUUUUAUCAUAACAUGUGGUCUAACAAUAUCGUGCAGUAUAUAUUGUACGCCGUGCUGAAGCUCUACACCAUAGUGUUUAUGGGUUGGAGUUUGGUUCCUUUUGACCUCAAAUCAUUCUCCAAGUGGUGGAACAUCUACUCGAGUCUGUAUUUUUCAGGAUUUUUCCUGUUCAUACCGUGGGCAUUCAUUUAUAAGCCACUUAUUAUUUCUGCAAUCAAGCACUUCAAGUUAAAAGUGAAGUCUCAAUGAAAUAUGGGUAUCUAGGUCUAAUAAGUGAUUCAAAGUAAAGAUUGGAACUACAAGUGACAACUAUAAAUGCUGGCUACUAUGAGUAGAUCCAAUAGUGAGCGAGUGUUUUUGUAGACUCAGAACUUGUAUAAUUCAUUCAUUAAUCUUGUAAGUACAUGAUGCGUUGACAAAUCCUACCCUGUAAAGGUUGGUUGCACCAAACCGUCUGUCACCGUUAAAGCAUUCGCAUUUUUUUUCUAUUAUUCGCAGUUUCAUAGAUCUCUGCAGUUUGACGUUGAUCAGUCUGUUAGCUGUGGUUGGUGCAACUGGCCCUAAUUCUAACUUUUCUAACCUAUCGUCUGUUAUUUGAAGUGUUUCAAAUAAUGUCAACAAAACACGAGGUUCCGUCAUUCGGUCAAUCAAAUAAUAAUAUACAUACAAAACACAUCUGUAUAUAAAGGUCGCUCCAGACUACGCGGCGCGAAGCCACGAACGCGAGUGUGGAGGGCCCUUAAUAUUCUAUGGUAUAUAUAGGCGUAAUGGUUAAAAAAUAUAAUAAAUCAACCAAAUUACGUCAUUAAAAUGCCUAAAAGAACAAACUAUAAUAGGAAACAAGACUACUUUAAAAAAAUGUAAAUUCAAUUAACUUUAGUAUCUAGUUAUAGAAAUGUGAUAAAAACGUUUUGUGCUUAUGCUAGUUUCCGAAGUAGAUAGGUGAAUACCUAGUUAAAUAGUAUUAUUAAAUACAUAUAUACAAGUGUAACUCUUAUCUAGUAUAAUCUAGUUCGCUUUCUUUACUAUAUAGCUACCACGUACCUGCCCUGUUUCUAUCACCUCCUUUCACUCAUUCUUAGUUUUCAAAGUUAUUUAUUAUAAAUAAAUAAUUUUGUCUGUAAAAAAUAAAAACAAUCAAACCUUUUGAUUUUAUAAUAAUGAUCUAAACUACUAGCUUAAUACCUAUGUAUGGCUGUGAUGUGAAGCAUAAAGCACAAAGUUCAAAAUGUCAACUGCUUCAUAUUUAUAGUAGGUACCUAAUUCGUACGAUAGAGAUGUCACAAACUCUUAACAUUCUGUACAAAAACCAGCAUAAAAAUGUACUUGUUGUCUUUCCAUUGACUUUCACUGAUACAGAUACAUAAUUCAAUAAUUAGUAAUGUGAGUAAUACCAACUUACAGAUACAGAGGUGUAGAUAUCAGACGUCCUGUAAUUUGUAGUAGACCGAUUACCAAUACACACAAAUUGCCUAUAGAUAAAAUAAUUAAGAUUACUGCUUAUGUUGUUUUCAUAUAUCAUUUGAUCUACUAUAGUAGAAAUUGCUCACGUCAGAAGCUUGUACUCCUGAGGCAUAAAUUCCUAUAAUAUACUUAUUGUAGAAGAUGUUGAUUAUGUGUUUAAGGUUAACGCAUGCACACUAGUUAAAUCGACGCCGUAAAGUGUAAUCUCCCACCUGCCGUCGUCCUCACGCAAUCACGUAACGGGACAAAGGCAGCAAAAAGUUCAGAAUAUCCUGUUUUGUAAACGCAGCCGUAAGCGAGGCAAACACAAACACAAGUACAUUAAUUUAAGAAAUGGUGAACGUUUACGUUGAACGUAGGUACAGUGGGUGAUUAAGGUACCGCACCAAUAUCUAGUCCGCUCGGACUGAUAGUAGGACCGGCCCGCACAGAAAUGCAGAGAGACACAGAGUCGUGCCUAGGUGUAGUUAGAGCGGACUGGAUGAUUGGCGCGAGCCCUAACAACUUAACUGAUCGAUGGUUCAUUCAGUGGUUGCGCGGCAAUAGGUAACAUACCAUAAUAAACUACUUGUUACUAAGUCUAGUUUAAGUUUAGGUCAAACGAGGUGAAUAGGGAUAAAAACCCAGAUUGAAACUUACCUGCUAAAUUAAUAAUUUCUUAUAAACUCCCACAUUCCCCCCCCAUAAAUUCAUGCAAAAUCUACUAUUAUUUUCAAACCGCAUGAUACAAUUACUGUAAGAAGUGUUUAAGGAAUUAUCAGGUAAAUCUCAUUUCCAGUUUUAGACCCUAUUCACCCCGGUCGACGGUAUUUAAUAAUUUUAACUUACUGAGGGUAAUACAAGUUGAGCUUCAACCACGACACAGUCAACUUCUAUUUAUUUCUCACGAGCCGACUGUCGACGGCUUGUGGUUAUGUUAAUGCUUUAUGUAUAGUAGAAUCCGCAUAUAAUGACAUCGAAGGGAAAGUGACAAACACGUCAUACUAAGCGGGUGUCAUAUAAUAAAGCAUAGUUGACUAACUUCUUAUUUUUGUUAGGUUUUCCAAAUUGCUUUAAUAAUAAUAAUAAUAACGCAGGACAGCUUGUGGCGAGCUGUUGGGGAGUAGCGACCCCACGUACCCGAGUGCUCAUGGGGACUUCUGUUUCCCGCAAGGGGGGGUGGGACAGGAUUCUCUGGCUUGCCGUAACCGGCCGGCCAGAGUAAUGUCGUCAGAGCUAUAAGCUCCAGGGGUGGAAGUGAAAUAUGCAUAAGACGCGAGUUGGCACAGUGGCUGUUAACAGCCACUGGGUAGAAAGCGGCGCACACCUCUCGGCACCCCUGAGCCGCUCACACCGGUGUUGUCAUUGAGCCAUCCAAGAUGUCGCUUUUUGUCGGAAAUAAAAUUGCAUAGGUAAGCGAUUUGUCACUUUAAGCGAAGUCAUCUUAUCCGACUUUGUUACUAAGAAUUUUAUAUGAAAAAUCUAACUGCACAGUAAUUACGUCGUAGUAAGAUGUUGGUCAGUAUAAGCAGUCAUUAUAAACGGAUGCCACUGUAUUUUCUAGUAAAUACUUAAAGCUUAAGCCUGAGAAUUAAUCUAUAAAACAAUGUUUAAAUAAAUACUCAGUUAUUUAAUUCUACAACAAUGUGGCACAUACUGAAAAGUGAAAAAUAUGUGAGUGAAAUCGCUAAGUUAGUUAAGUUAAUAUGUCUCAUGAUAGUUUAAAUUCGAAUACUGAAGUGAUAUUGAAUGUAGCUAGCGCUGCCUAAUGCCUGUUACCUAAAUAUCAGACCUUUUUAGUACUGUAUAAUGUAUAUCAAUCUGCAUCAAACGAUAAAACUCUAUUUAAAAUAGAUGUAAUUAAAUACAUUGUACACUAGCUUAUAAGUAAUACACACAUUCAUUGUUACUAUUAAUAAUAGUCAAUUCAUAAUACACAUAUAUUAUAGAGCCACUCUUAGGUACAGUCAGCUGCAGAGAAAAGGCACCCCCUGCAUACAGUUCUGUAAAUUAGUACGGACGUGGGGUACCUUUUCUUUGCAGCUGAGCUGUACUUUGCGAGUUGUGCUAAUAUUGCAUUAAUAGUGGUGGGUCUGAGGCUUUUGGGCACUCAUUACAUAAAACUACAGCAGAUUCUCCACCCAUGAAAUCAUAUUCUUCAGUAGCACCAUACCAUACCAUACCAUACCACCAUACCAUACCAUACCAUACCAUAUGUCGUCUCAUUGUUUUUGUGUAGGUUCCUGCCUAAUUGACGAGUAUUUUUGCAGGCGAGGGGCAAACUGGUAGAAAUACAAUGACGAUAUCCAGAAAAGUAUCUGCUAUCAAUGAUUUACGUAUUUGCUCUAGUAUUGUGUAAUUUGUACUUAGGAUAGUUAGUUAUGCACCUGAGCUCUAUGUGAAAAGAUGAGUACAUGGAGAUAAAUUCCAUCUAAUGUACCAAAGAUCUGUCCGUAUGCUUGCUUGCCACCAACGUGGUAUAAAAAAAUUGUACGCGUUGUGAUUGGCUAUGAAGACGUGUAUGAUAAAUUGAUAGCCAGCUAGGGCUAUAAUUAUUUCUACCACAUUUUGGUUCUGGUCAGACUUAACCAUGUAAAAUAGUGUUGUCAAGUUAAUUAGACGAUUAUUUGAAUUGUAUCUUUGAAAAUACGAAUAAAUAUGUUUACUUAC